UUUUCAUAAUUGUUUUCAACAUUGCUAAGUGAACUCUAAAGAUCCUUCUUGUUUUCUCUUCCUUUUAUCAUACACUCGAUCAUUUUUUCUCACAAUGAUGUAUGAAGUGAUCCUAACUGGUUCUAGCGACGGUUCCAUGAUAGCAUUUGAGGCUUCCACAGGCGCUAUUCUUGCUCAGUUCAGAGGCAGUCGAUCACCUUGUCGUGGCUUCACGGUGACAUGCAAAGAACUCAUUGUAACCUCUCAUGUGUCUUCAGACAAUGGUUCAGGCUUAAUCCACAUCUACAAUUGGGAUACUUCAACAGUGUUCCAUAAGAUCCCUCUCCCUGAAGCCGUCACUCCACUUAUAGCCGAUUCGGGUGGUGAUUUUAUCUUUGCAGGUGGAGUGGCGGGGAGUAUACAUUCCUUGUCACUUCCUUCCGGAGAUAUCAUCAAAUCAAUUACACCUUACUCGAAACCUGUUUCUAGUCUCCACCUCAAUAAUGAUGGGUCACUACUGAUUUCAGGUUACAAUGAUGGUUCUAUUGUUGUAAUCCCAUCUUUUAUGCUUGUUAAUGGUUCAUAUUCUUGUAAUGACCCAAUCUCACACAAAUGGAAGGCACAUUCUGAUGCAGUGACAAGUUUCAACACUGGAAUUGGGAUUCAUACUUGUACAUUUAUUUCAUGUUCGAUGGACUGCACCUGUAAGUUUUGGGGUUUAUCAAAUGGGAUAACUCUAAUUCGAACUGUGACAUUUCCAUGUUCUAUUUUUGGGUUUGUUAUGGAUUCAACAGAGUCGGGUUUCUAUGCUGCUGGUUCAGAUGGGUUUAUAUAUAAAGGGUUAAUGAAGGCUGGGAGUAUAAAAAUGUUAGAAAAAGGUUAUGAAUUGGUUAAUUGGGGUAGUAAAACAAAAAACCAUGAUGGGUCAAUAAUGUCCUUAGUUUUGGUGAAUAAUGGGAGAAAUUUGGUGUCUGCUUCAAAAAAUGGAAGUGUUUGGAUGUGGGAUGUUGAGGAAGGUGAAGUCAUUAUGGUUUUAGGAAAUGCUCAAAUAUUGGGAAGCAUUAGUGAUAUGAUAGUGGUCAAAGGGACUAAUAUUAUAGAGAGAAAUGAGGGUGGUGAAGGUGCUAAUAGUGGCUUAAUUAGUUCUUCUAGAUUAUGUGAUGAAGAAAUGAUUAGGACUUGGAUGAAAAUUAGUGAGCUUGAAAAUGUGAUGGAUGAGGCAAUUCAUGACCAAGGAAGUGCCAUAGAUAUGCUUGAAUCUACAAUUGCAUCUUAUGAGAGGCUAUUGAAGCUUAUUCUUAGGGAAGUUACCAAAGCCAUUGAAGAGGCAGAUCAUGAAGAUGAAGACAAUAAUAAUAAAGGGGAAAAAGAUUAAAAUACAGAUGUAAACUAGAAAUGG